AUGGGUGCAGGUCGCCCACCAGUACUUAAUCCCGAUAUUGAAAAGCAAAUUGCGACAUGCUUAAUAGCUCGGGCACAAAUUGGCUUUCCUUGUGAUAAGGAAGAACUAAAGAAAUUGGUGUCUGAAUAUGUAAAAGCAAAUGAUAUACCGAAUCCAUUUCAUAAUAGUUUACCAGGUGAGGACUGGUACCAAAGUUUCAUGAGGAGAAAUAGUAAUAUUAGCUUAAAGAAGCCUGAACAUCUACAAAAAUGCCGAAAAACGGCUCGUGACCCAGCAAUAGUUUAUGAUUUUUAUUCAAAAUUAGAGGAAGUUUACAACAAGCAUGAUCUGAAGGGAGCGGAUAAUGCUAAAUUUGUUUUUAAUUGCGACGAAAGUGGUUUUGCCAAUGAUCCCAGCCGACUAAGAGCACUCGGGGAAAAAGGCAAGGCCCUGUGUAGAAUAUCAGGAGGAUCCGGACGUGAAUCAACAACCGUUCUGAUUUGCGUAUCAGCUGAUGGCUUUUUUCUUCCACCGUUAAUCGUUUUCAAGGGGGCUGCUGUGCAGGCGCGAUGGACAUCUGCUGAAUCUUAUCCUGGAACCCGAUAUGCAGCUUCUUCUAAUGGGUGGAUGGAAGAACCACAGUUUUUUUACUGGUUCAAAGAUUGUUUUAUACCUCAUGUAAACAGCAUUCGCAACAAUAACCAUGAACAAGCUGCAGUUUUAAUGUAUGAUGGCCAUGCCAGUCAUUAUAGCAUAAGAAUAAUACAAGAGGCUAUGAAUAAUAAAAUAGAGCUUGUACGGUUUCCCUCUCACUUGACUGAUAGAAUCCAACCCCUCGACAAAUGUGUGUUUGGACCAAUCAAAGUAAAGUGGGAUAAAAAAUUGGUGCAAUAUGGAAAGACGCAAGUUGGACAAGGAACUGGUCGUCUCAGCAAGGCACAAUUUGCAGUUUUCCUUGGAGAAGUGCUGCGAGAAUCAUUGCUUUCAAAAAAUAUUAUUAGUGGCUUUGUCUCUACUGGAACAUAUCCUAUUGACCCAGCAAAAUUUCCAGAAAAUUUAUUCGAUCCCGUAGACCUUCAGAAGUACAAACAUGCAAAACGGUGCACAAGUACAGAGAUUGAGAAGACCAAUAACUUGCCUCAAAAUAAUAUCGAGCACCAAACACCAUCUACAUCUACUGAAAACACUGAAAAAAAUACUGUUCUUGUGUCUAAUACUAAUAUGUGGAAUUCACAACCAUCCACUUCAUCUAGCGACACGCAAGAACUUGUAAUGCAUUCAACACCUACAAAAACUAUUAUUUCAGCAUCAAGAAUUGAAGAUUGCUUAAGCCCAGAAGUUCAAAAUGUGGCAAUGGAUUUAUCAACACGAAUAACUGAACCUUCCCCAAUGAAACCUUUGAAUAAUCCCCGAACCGUAGUGGAAAUAUUUUCAUCAGUAUUAGAAAAAAAAAACCAAGCUCAAAAACCUGAUACGAAUAAAAACAAAUCUACUGUUGUUCGAAGACUAACCCAGUUUAGUUAUGGGGAGGUCUUAACUUCUGAAGAAGUAAUGAAAAGGUUGAUAGAAGCGGAAGAAAAAAAAGAUAAGAAAAAUUCACUUGCAAAAAAGAGAACACAAAAAAAUACAGAUAAUGUAAAAAAAACCAAGAAGUCAAGAGAAUUAGAGGAAGUAAAUCCAAGUCAAGUAGAUAAAAGUAAGGAUAUCUACGAGGAUAACACCGAUGACGAUACUGAAGAACAAUUCAUAAUUGAAAUGGAAAUGGAAAAUACACCUGAGACGAAACCUGGGUGUUUAGCAGAGGCGCAACAAAGCGUACUUGGCAAGAUGACCGCGCUAAAAGUUUGCAACAACUCAUAA